GUCUUCCUUCUUCGUCUCCCCGUUUCAAUUCCAACGACACAAAAUCAAAUGUCCCAAAUUUAUUUAAUCUAGGGUUUCCUUUCGGAACGCGCAAACCUUUCCUCCCACUCCCACUCGCAUAAUCUAGGGUUUCAUCUAUCUGACCCUUCUUUCUCCCUCCUCGUACGCUCCAAUAAUUUUGGGUUUCCAAUUCGUUCAUUAGCUUUUGGUUUUUUCGUGGUCGUGUUUUUCGUGUGUUUUGGUGGUUGCGAUUGAAUCAGAUUUUUGGGUUUUUAGGUUUUUGAGGGGUUUUAGGAAUGGCUACGGCAGGUGAAGAAGGGCUUGACUACGAGAGUGAUCCCGAAGAGGCCACGAGAUCGCUUGCAAUGCGGAGAAGGCGCGAGGCCAGUGAUGAUGAGGAAGGCGACGUUGACACCGACGCGAGAAACGCCGCAGUCGAUCGCCGGAUAACCCAUUCCGAUGAUUCCGACGGUGAGGGUGGCGUUGCAGAUUAUGACGACGAAGAAGAAUUGGAAGAGGAAGAAGAAGAGGAGGAAGAAGAGUUGUUGGAAGAGGAAGAGGAUGAGGGUAGGGUUGGAGAGGAGGGAGGUUUGAAUGGAACAGUAGUUAAAGACUCCGAUGGUGAUGUUAAAGGCCCUUUGGAGGAAUCUGGGAAUGGAGAUGAUGAAGAGAAGAAGGAGAAUGAGCCGUUUGCGGUGCCCACUGCUGGAGCAUUUUAUAUGCACGAUGAUCGCUUCAGGGAUAAUGCCGGUGCACGCCACAGGCGCAUGCGUGGUGGAAGGAGACUCUGGGAGUCCAAGGAUGACAGGAAAUGGGGACAUGAUAAGUUUGAGGAAAUUUCUCUGCAAGAAAGGCAAUACAAAGAGGGAAGGAGACCUUCUAAGGGUAGUUAUCGAGGUCGUGGAGGUAAAACACGAGGUGUUGAUCGCAGUGGAGGAUAUAUCCGAGGUAACAGAAAAGGGUAUGAUAACAGAGGCAAUCAAACACAGGCACCCAAGAGUGUUGUGCGAGGGAGAGGACCCCAUAGGUACGAGCUUACUAAUAAGAGCAAUGAUUCAGCAUCUCAUGUGCAAAAUAAACAAUACGGGAAACAGCCCGAGAAAGUUUCGCAUGGUGGUUCAGGGAAAACUUUCACUCCUGUCUCUAAUUCAGAACCCGAUCCUGUACCUUCUAAGAAACAGGUCUUUGCAUCAAAUUUGAAUUAUGCUUCUCCCCCUUUUUACCCUUCUAGUUCUUCCAACAAAGAUACAAGUGUGACAUCAAAAGGGGAUAUCCCAACUGCUGCUUCAAGUAGGAACGUUCGGCCUGGUGUUGUCGAUGAGGGUUUUUUGGUUCAACAGAACAACGUACUUCUCCGGGGAAAGAAUGUUGUCGAUCAUGUCAGCAUGGAGAAGUUGUAUAUUGAUGGGCCUGGCGCUCCAUCUGUUGGGAAAGCUUUUAACAAUUUGCAUAUGCCGCCACCUGGAUCUUCUGGUGUUAAUGCAUCUCAAUCUACUCAUCCAAGAGGUACUGGAAGGGGUGGAGCAGUACCGGUUCAGAUGAAUUAUCAGCCUGCUGCAUCUCAUAAUCAAGCUGGUAAAAUUGAUCCAACUCAACUCCAGGCUAUUCAGAGAACUGCUCCAGGGCGAACUUCUCCUUCUGUGCAAGCCCCUGCUGCGCAGUUGGGUCAUCGACCUGGUAGUGGGUCUCAGGCUUCAUCUCCCCCAAUCACAACCGCUGCAAUUGGUUCAUUGGAUUCUGGAGAAAUUGAGUCAGCUUCGGAAUCAGGUAAAUUGAAGGGUGCAUUGGUUGGGAAGGGAAGGGAGGCUUCCCAGGGUAGCGGAAGGGGUUCUUUUGUUUAUGGUGGAACUAUGGGUCCUGCUGGAAAUAUCAAUGGUAAUCAUGGAGAUCAGAACUUUCCAACCUUUUUGCCAGUUAUGCAAUUUGGUGGGCAGCAUCCUGGUGGCUUAGGAGUUCCUGCGGUUGGCAUGGCAUUCCCUGGAUAUGUUGCUCAGCCUCAACUUGGUUUGGGAAAUUCUGAAAUGACAUGGCUACCGGUUUUGACUGGAGCAGCAGGAGCUUUAGGGGCUGCUGGAGCUUUAGGGGCGGCAGGUGCUUUAGGGGCGGCAGGUGCUUUAGGGGCGGCAGGUGCUUUAGGGGCUACAUACUGUCCACCCUAUCUCACUGUUGAUGGUGCUUAUCAUGCACGACAAUCAGGGCAGACAUCUGCAACAGCUACUUCAAGCAAGGAAAAUAAUGUGAAUAAAGGUAGCAAUGACUGGAAGGUACCACCAAAGUCUGAGACUGUAAAUGAUGAGUUUGGACAGCGGCAUAAUAAGCCCCGCAGAUACUCGGAGAUGAACUUUGGGCAGUGAAGUAUUAUAUAGAAUGCAACUUGUUUGAAUAAGAAGUAUCACAGGCCUUCUUCCUACUGGUCCUUUGUCCUCCAGCUUUUGUUCUGGAGUACUUUGGGCAGCGAUAUGUUUCAAGAAUUUUUAGUAUAUAACCGCCUGUUCACGCUGUUGUCCAUUUCAAGAAGGUUAAUUGCAGCUUGACAGGUGGUAGUUGCUUGUGUAAUUGUGCGAUUUUUCUUGCGUUUUGCUUUCGUUAAGCUCGUGAGAAACAUAUGCAGGCUUUUCUACAACUAUAGAUUGUGGGGAAAGAACGACGAUUGUUUUGCAGCAACUGAUUUGAUCGUGGAGUUAAGAAUUUCUCGUGUAAAUGGUUUUCUUAUUCCUAUGGUAUUUGACUUGUGGUAAAUUAUCAUGAGCCGUUAAUAGUGUAAUCCUUUAUAUUUUUCCACAUUCAACCAAGUGUUUUUUGACUGCGUGCUAUUUUUGCCUUCUGAAUUUCUUUUGUUUCUUUUAUCAAGACUUGAGACUCAGACGUCGUAUUAUGAAAUGAAGUUAAUAUAUAGUAUUUUGUUACCAA